AUGCCUCUCUUCUCCCGCCACGAGCCACCCAAGGAGGAGGUCGUCGUCCAAGAGCCCGUCCGCCAAGAACGUCGGGGCCUCUUUGGCCGCAAGCGCUCCGUUUCCCCCGUGCCGACCGCGCGGCGGACAUCAGCCCCGGCCCCAGCCCCGAUGGCAGCGCACAACACCAGCCCCACGGGCCGCGACGGGGGCGGUUUCUUCAACCGGCACCGGCGAUCCGUCGACGCCAACAGCGUCAGCAGCAUGAGCACGGCCUCGACGUCGGCCAGUCCCCCGCGCCGCCGCUCCACCCUCCUGUCCCGUCGCCACCACGACACCACGGACCCGAGCAUCCUAGCCGCGCGCGAGCGCAUCAUGGGCGCCGAGGAGGCAGAGCGCCAGGCCGACCGCGCCCUCGACAUCGCCAGGCGUGAGGUCCGCGACGCCAGGGACCACAUCGUCGCCCUCGAGAGGGAGGCUAAGGAGCAGGCCAGGCUGGCAAAGAUCAAGGAGCAGGGCGCACGUGAGGUUUCGAAGCGCGGAAAGGCGCUGGGUCGUCAUGGUAUUUGA